AUGACAGCCCUGCGUCAGAGGAAGGGCAGCAAGGGGAAGGAGCCCACCCUGGGUGCAGAGUUUCAGCCCCAGCAGCCCAACUGUUGCACCGAUCACCAUCCAGAGAAGAUCCUGCACGGUGACUGGUCAUGGGGAGCGAUAAUCUGGACAUCGGUUGGAUGGUCUGUUUCUGUUGGUCUUGGCCUGCUCUGCUGCAUCUAUGUGGCCACUCUACAUGAGAACGACCUGUGGUUCUCCAACAUCAAGGAAGUGGAGCGGGAGAUCUCCUUUCGGACUGAGUGUGGACUGUACUACUCCUACUACAAACAAAUGUUGCAGGCCCCAUCCAUACAGGAAGGGCUCUCAGAAUUGAUCCAUGACAACUUGACAGAAUCCAAGAGGACCAUUAAUCUCUUACAGCGAAUGAAUAUCUACCAAGAGGUCUUCCUCAGUGUUCUCUACAGACUGUUGCCCAUACAGUCAUAUCUGGAGCCAGUGUAUUUUUACAUUUACACAGUUUUCUCGCUCCAAGCUGUGUACGUGAUUGCUUUGUACCUCACUGCAUGGCUCCUGUCUGGUUCUUGGCUGGCUGGUACGCUCACCGGGAUCUGGUACAUCCUUAAUAGGGUAGAUACCACUCGUGUAGAGUUCACCAUAUCCCUUAGAGAGAACUGGUCGUUGCCCUUCUUAGCGCUGCAGGUCACCACUAUCACCUGUUACCUCAGGCCUCAGCUCACUGCCUUGCAGCAGAAGGUGAUGGUGUGGUUGAUGUACGUGACAACGUUCUGUUUCUGUCUGACCUGGCAGUUCAACCAGUUCAUUCUACUUGUUCAGGCUUUCAUCAUUUAUACCCUGGACUGUGCUGACUUCUUAACAACUACACAGGUGACCACUCUGUACCUUGUUCAAGUGAGCGGCCUUCUGAGUGUGUGGCUCCUGCAGUUCUGUAACUCAAUGAUCCUGGGAUCGCUGGUCCUGAGCUUCAUUGUAGCUGCGCUCUUCAUCAGACACUGCCAGUCUGGUUUGAAGACAGGAAACCUGCUGGUUCGUCUGGGCAAAGUGCUUCUCCACAGCGCCACGGUUCUCCUCCUCACCUUCACCAUCAACUACCUGGCCAAGAAAGCACUGCAGCUCAGAUCAGACGAACACAUCUUUAAAUUCAUCAAGUCGAAGUUUGCCUUGGGGCCGACAAGGGAUUUUGACGCCAGUUUGUAUCUGUGUGAGGAGGCCUUUGGCUUGCUGCCCCUGGACACACUGGAGCGCUUGGCUGGUACCCUGCUGCUAUACCCCUACAUUAUCACUCUACUGCUGCUCAGCGCCAUGCUGGCAGUGGCAGCACUGCAGAACCUCAGCACACCAAAAGGAAGUUCGACUGAAGAGAGGAAAGGAGCUGGAGAAGGGCGACUGGUGGCUUUCCGUCCAGACGUGGCCUAUAAUCUGUUGCACACGCUCUUCUACGGCCUCCUGGCUUUCAGCACUAUGAGAAUGAAGUACAUAUGGACCGGCCACAUGUGUGCGGUUGCAGCCUAUGGUGUGUGUGGGACCGAGCUGUGGACUCUGCUUCUCAACACUCUCCGCUGCAACACUAAAGUUCUGUUAAGGCUCGUCAGAUAUGCCGUUCCAUUGGUGAUGAUCGGUUGCCUGUAUUAUAAGUUCUGGCCUAAGGUGAUGGAGGAGUUAUCAGAACUGAGGGAGUUUUAUGAUCCAGACACUGUGGAGCUCAUGACCUGGAUUAGCACAAAGACCCCCAAGCAGGCAGUGUUUGCUGGAAGCAUGCAGCUCCUCGCUGGAGUCAAGCUGUGCACAGGCAGAGUUCUCACCAACCACCCCCAUUAUGAAGAUAAAGACCUGCGAGAGAGGACCAGACAGGUGUAUCAAGUGUACGCUCGCCGGUCCCCGGAGGAAGUCUAUGACAUCCUGAGGGCUGUUGGAGCCGACUAUGUGGUACUGGAAAACAGCAUCUGUUACGAGCGGAGGCACAGGCGAGGCUGCAGACUGCGGGACCUGCUCGACCUGGCCAACGGACAUAUCAUGGACGGACCCGGAGAGGAUGACCCAGACCUCAUUCCUGCCACCCACCCUCGGUUUUGUGAGGCCAUCAAGACAGACACAGCAUCUUACACCGCUCUGUUCACCAGAACAUUCCAGAACAAAACCUUCCAUGUGUACCGGAUCAAGAAGAAACGCAAGAAAAGUGCCAAGGGCUCAUCAGAGCCCAGCGUGACUCAGUAGCAGGAUCAGGGCUGCAAGAAAAGCCCCAGCAGAGGCCAGAGGGGAGUGAGAAGGGGCAGGAGAAGAAAUGAAACACUGAAUCCUUGCUGUUCCUCUGUCUCCUCUCUGCACUGCGCCCAGCUGUGAUCAUGCCUAUUAUUUUUUUUAACACGUGGCUCUAUGAACUGUGGUGUUGAAGCAGUGGGUCAGUGAAAGCUUGAGGCUGCAAUGUUUUAGUUAGCAGGGUGUGGGAGCACCUGUAGGAGUCAUGCUUCAGGCUGUUUUGUCUCCACUUGUCCCCAAAAAAAUAUAUCUCUAAAUAACAUUCGAAAGUUAAAGUCAAAGAUUGAUACUGAAGUAUUUAAUACACGAUUCAGAAAAACAGUUCAGUUCAUAUUUGCUUUUGAGUUCAUCCUUGCCAAUGAAAACAGGGAUAGGAAUAAAAGAUCUGUCAAUGGAUUCUAUUUGAACCAAUGUACAGCCAGAUCCAAAAUGGUUCCCAAACCAGCUAUUGGAACUUAACCAUAAAGGCCAAAGUAUUCUUUCCCCAUCUGCAUGUGAACAAGAGUAUAUGUGACGUACCUUUCAGCAUCCAGCCAAGACUGUCCACAAUUCAACUGCACCAGCUGCACAUGUUCCAGGAAAACAAGUGGUGCUUAAAACAGAUGGUUGUUUUGUGGACAGACUGUACCAGAAGAUGCUCCGUCUUCCACACCUUUAUAAUUCAUCAUUGGAAGAAUUAGUAUUGAAGUCGGGGCUGCAUGACUUUGGUGGUGCUUUACUUUGUAUGUUCGUACCACCAGUGGUUCCCAAACACAUUAGGAAGUUCUUAACUCUCCAGAAAUCCUGUGCUAUUUCGGGAUUAUUCACACUAAUACAGUCUGUAACUAACUUCUUUAUCAGCCUUUCAGGAACAUUCACAGGAUCCCCAGAUGUGUUUCUGCAUCGGUUAUGCAGAAACCAUGAACUAGCCUGAAGUCUGAGUUCUUUUUAUUAGCAUAAUAGGUUUUUGAAAGUUCAAAUUGCCACUGCAGGUCUGACUUAUGUCGGUUGUAAAUCAGGAUAGAGGUAGACAUCGGUAGACAUUAGCGGUAAAAUAAGAUAUCCAGAUAACAUGAAAGUGCACAUUUUUGAAUGUGCUAUUUUUGUACAGUGCUCAUUUGAGCUGAAGCAAUGGGAUCUGUUUAAAUAUGGACAACAUUUAAAAAAUAACACUGAAUAAGUAAAGGGGUAAAGCAAUUGUUAGAAUGUAUUUUUUAGAGAUCAUGUAGAUCUAAUGAGAAAUGACCUAGAGCUUGAUUUUUCUAAUUGGGCAGCAAAUUAUUUCCUUCUUGAGCUACACCAUUCCUAUCCAGUUCUCUGUCCUAUUUCUCAAGGUGCAUUUAAUGAGCCUUUCCACUGCUUUUUGUCAUAUUAGUGGAUGACUCAGCUCAUAGGGAAUAGAUGUCUGUAUGAAGUCUUAGGAGCUGUUAAGGCCCGGUCACACCAGAAAAUUAAUUCACCUUAAGUCUGAAAUAUUUGGUUCUAGCUGCUUGGUGCCAUUCAAAGGACGAGCUGAUGAACUGUUUCUGCUGGCGAACUAACCGGCAGCACACCAUUCUCCAGCACUGACACAGAGAUGUGGAGAUGUGGGACCUUUUUUUUUAUCAGAACUUUCUGCAAAUCUUUCCCCUCUCUGUUAGUUACUUCAAAAGAUCAGAUUUAAUGAAUGUUUGAGGUGCUGCACAACUCAUAAUAACCUACUGCUCCUUCCUCCAUUUAGAACUCGUGCCCUCUGUUUCCCUAAAGGUCAGCAAAAGCAUACUCUGAUUCACCAGAUGUAGACUGCAGGUAUAGGUCUGCCUUUUCACACAGCUUUCUCUACGCCUUCGACUAUCUAUCUUUUUAAAAUCCCCUUCGCUGUGGGAAACAACAACCUCCUGGUAGCAACCUAUGAAACUGAACAUUUGAAGUUUUGCCGAGGAUUUGGAUUGUGCAGUGAAGCAGCCAUGCUAGUUUCUUGGUGAAAGAGCUAAUUUUAAUGACAGUCCUUCCCUCCAUGCAUGCAAAAGUUAACCGAAAAGCAAUUCACGACAUCCUAUUCUUAGCUCUGCCAAUACAGUUGUAAUUGGUUUAAAGAAAUACAUACAAGCCAGAGUGCAAAAUGAUAAUGAGGUGCAGUCAGACUAUUCCCCAGCAGUGACACAGCACUGUGGAGAUAUUUCUGGCUAUGUAGAACUACUUGUCUCAUAAUUUUGAAAACCAAUCCAUCCUGGCAGUUUUUACUUCUAAAGAGGAAAGUAAUUGAAACUCGAUGGUGCCGCACAGCUAAUAAUAAGCCGCCACAGCUUCCUCUUACGAAUCUCGCUCUCCGUUGCCGCCUAAAGUCAGCAGGAGCAUGACAAGCUGGUCAGAAGUGCACAUUUUUGUAACAUGGAUCAGCUCCACACCUGCAGGCAAAUUAACAGAUUACAGCAGUCCUGCUGACAGGAAAUACUUCUACCCCCCCCAAAUGGCUGGUGUCACCGGGCCGUCAUGAGUUCAUCUGCAGCACUUUUGGACAUCAUUUGAUAUUUAAGCAUCACCCUUGACCCGCUUGUGGAGUUCAUGAUAACAGUAGCAGGAAGGUUGCAGGGUGGAAGUAUUACUCAACUGUGGCAUAUGUGGGGGGGGGAAAGCCCCACUGAAUAAGUCGGACCAUUAGCUUGGCUCACCCCGGACUCCGAUGUUGUCACUUUUUGGCAGGGCACAUUCGGCCGCGGUGAUAAAUGUUAUCAAUUACCACUGCAAAGAAAAGGGAAGAUAACUAUGUUAGUUUCGAUUCCCGCUCGGGUACUUAAAUGUGCUUUUGCUGUAAAACUGAGGUCAAAGCUGGUACCAAGUGAUAUUUGUGACCGUGUCGUCGUUGUGAUUGCUGUCAUGUUUUUCUUUCUGUCGGCUCUGUGAUUCUCAUCAGCAGCAGUCUCAACCUUUUCACUCUUCUCGCUCUCACGCACACACACAGCUACAAACACACAUGAAUAAUGUAAGUGGCGAGGAAAUUGCAGCAAGCUGACAACAGCGCUGAUUCCCUGCCGCAAUCCAAAAUAGUUUGAGAGAGAGAGAGAGAGAGAGAGAGGGGGCCAACACUUGCAUAUCAAACUGAGGCUUUGUGGUUAGAAGAGAAAGUGGGGAGGAGGAGUGCGGAGGACAGAAAAGGCUUAUGUUUAAACAGCAGCAGAGGAGAAAUGAGAGUGCAUCAAAACACAGAUUCACAAUGAUCUGAACCCCUUCCUCAUUUCCUUUUCUCUUCUUUCUGCAUAGGUAAUUAUUAGUUGGCUAGUGAGACGCUCAACCAUUAUGUGGAUACAAUACGCACCCGAUUUGCCCUCCUUCUUCUCAUCUCAGUUUGCCUAUAUUUGUACACUUGUUAAUAGGGACCUCUGUCUUUGAUAAUCCACACACUGGCAGAUGCGUGAACACCCCUGCACAUGGCAGUUGCAGGGCUUUUGAAAAAACGUGUUGUUCGUUAACCGCGCAGCCUCAUUGUAAUUGCAUACCAAUCGGAUCAGUGUGGAACAGCACCGCUUGUUCUUCCCCCUCCCGCCCUCAUAUUGGAUGUUUAAUUUAGGAGAUGUCUGAUUGCUUUAUUUGAGAGCGAAGUGAUUCCAUUAUGUUUGCCUAAUAAGAGUGUACUAAUGUAAUAUUUUUUUCUGCACUGUUAAUUUACAUACAUAUUGGGAUUAGUAGUUCAUUCGGAGGCACGCUGUCUGCCUAUGGUUUCCUUAAUGAAGAGGAGAUGGAGGCAGCCGUAAAUCUGUGCGCACAUAUGGAAUUCUGCUCUGUUUCAAAGAAUUUGUGGAUGUUGCUGAAAUAAAUUUGAGAUACAUAAUAAGCAGACGGCUGGAUUUAACGAUUAGUUUGCUUAUUAUUUGCGUUUACAAAUCUACCUUUGUGAUGAUUUGCAACAAAUUCAGCUGCAGUCCUGUUUCCAAGCUCAACAAUUAAACGGCCAUGCUCCGUUGCACCCAUACAUAAUUGCUGAACACGUAAUCUCAAGAUCUUGAAAGUAAAUUCCCUCUUCUGGGAAAGCUUUUCACUCGUGUUUUGGAAACUGGAGAGAUUUGAUCCCAUUCAGCCAUAAGAGCGAUAGUGAGGUCGGACACUGAUUGUAUGUCUGAUGGCUCCAAGACGCCACUUAAGUUCCUCCUAAAGAUGUUAGAUGGGGUUUAGGUCAUUGCUCUCUGUAGGCGUACACCAUUUACACAGGCUGUGGAGCAGAAAUACGUCCUGUGUGUAUUUUGGAUAUUUAAUGGUGUUUGCUGGAUAUUUAUCACAUUUACAUUAUUACAUCAUUGGAAUCAUUCAGCAUCCUAAUGGGGGGAAGCGUGAGAAAAUCCUGAGUAAUGCUUGACACUAAUAGAAGGAAAAACAGACUGAAAUGCUUUAGAAUGCCACAUUUCUCAUGUGCCAAAUUUAUUAUUCAGCUUACAUGUGGUUUUGUUAAGAGUUUGGGGGGGGGGGGCAUGUUGGUGCUGAAGCUUGUGGGAAGAAAAAAAAAAAGAUGAAGUUAUUUAUCUGACAUUCUCAGCAAGCAACUAAACAGAUGUAUUUUUCUGAGCCAGUGCCAUGUAAAUACAUACAAACUAUUUAUGAUGUGAAAUUUCUAAAUGGAGUGUAAAUAGCAUGUGUGUUAAGAGAUCACUAAAUGCUGUGCACACACGGGUACAGCAGAACUUGACAGGCUUUUUCUCUAAAGGAGGUUCUUUGUACAUUUUGAUUGGACGAGCUACUCUUGAGUGCAGGCUGAGAUAAACCGAUGCACUCUAAUGGCUCCAUAAUAGCUUAAGAGCAGCUUGUGACCCUGAACAUGAACAUCUUCAGCACGAGCACCGUUACAUGUGCGCCUUUAUUCUGUCAGCAGUGAAAUCCAUCUUCUUCUGUUUGUAAAAAAGACAUGUUGUAGUAUGUAUUGGGUGCCUUUGGUCAUUUCUUUCCCCAUUUUGCUCGUAAUUACUUUUCUACAAAUCCAAUAAAGUCAUGUUAUACAGCUGAGUUUUCUACUGCAGGACAUUUGUCAUAUGAGAAAUCAUAUAAACUAGUAAACGUUUAUUCUGCAGUUCAAAGUCCUUCUCAUGCCGAGCACAUUAUUGGUAGAAAGAUACACGAGAUGCCAGUUUAGAUAUUGUUAGACACAUUUGUGUUCAAUGGCAGUAUGAUCAAUAAAAGUUUUUCUUUUUUUUUCCUCCUCAA